UAGAGUGCUAUGCCUCUGCACUGAACUCCGCGGCCUUCCCCUGAAACCCAAACCCUAGAGUUUGUGCUGCGGCUGCCAGCGACAUUCGUCACUCUCAGUCUCGCAAUCUCGCAGCCAGCAGCCUUCAGCGUUUAGUCUCUGGCGUCAGUGUGUUCUGUUCGCCUUUAACUUCUGGUUUUAACUUCGUUGCAGCCUUCAAUUCGCCUUCGCAACUUCAGAUGAAGAAGAAAACGCAGAAGUCUUUGGAGGAGACCAAUGCAGCUCAAGAUUUGCAGUCUAUCAUUCAGCAGCAUAGGCUCUUCUUUGACAAGUUAAUUGAGCUUAUACCAGCGAAGUUCUAUCUACCAAUUGAUGACGAGAGGCCGUGGUUCCAGGGUCUGAGCAAGGCUGAAAAAGCUGCAGCUAAGAAAGAGACAAGGGAAAAUAUCAAGAAAUCUAGAAGAGAACGUUUAGACCCGGACAAGCCUAGUGCAACAACGCUUGACCUGCUUAAACAAAGCUUGGACAAAGAAAAAUUGGAAGGGAGUAAUAAAGAGCAAGUGGAUAUGAAUACUUUAACAUCGGGCAUUGAAGGUGAUGAUCGGUCAAUGACAUAUGAAGAACUUCGGCAAAGACUUCAUCGCAAAAUUGAAGAGUUUCGGGCAAGUCGUAACUGUGGAAGUUCCAAUAGAGAAAAGAAAAGGGAAGAGAGAAAUGUGAAGAGAGGAUUUCAGAAUAAGAAACGUAAGAAAGACGAUGGGAAUGAAGGAACUAAACCUAAAACUGAUGAUCCAAUGGAAAAAAGGAAGAAGGAUGCUGUGGAGGCUUCAAAAGACCUCUUGUUUGGUCAUAUCAAACUCGAUAAUGAAGAAAGGCAUGGGAAGAAAAAGAGAAAAACGUCAAUACAUAAGGAAAUUGAAAAGGCAAAAAAACUAGAAGAAGCGAAGAAAGAUCCUGAGAAAGGUGAGGUAAUUGCAAAAAAGCAAUCAUGGAAAGCAGCAAUGGAUAGGGCCGCAGGAAUUAAGGUUCACGAUGACCCCAAACUCCUAGAGAAAAGCUUGAAGAAGGAGAAGAAGAGACAGCAGAAAAAUUCAGAGAAAUGGAAGGAGAGAAUUGAUACCAGGGAGAAAAUGAAAGCAGAGAAACAGCAAAGAAGAUCCGAAAAUAUAGCUGAGAGGAUUCAUCAGAAGAAAAUGCGGAAAAUUGCAAAGAGGGAGAAAAAGCUUAUGCGGCCUGGUUUUGAAGGUCGCAAGGAAGGUUUCAUCAAUGAAGUUUCUGGUUAACGUAGCUUUAUGAAAGUCAAGCUUGCUGAUUUUCGCUAGGUAAUGUUUACUUGUUGCUUGAUAUUUCAUGGCUUCUUGUGCCUUGACUAGCAUCAAUUUCGUUGGUCUUUUCUAUAUGUUUACCUUGAAACUACCUAGUAUUAUUAUUGAAAAGGGAUUACUUCGGGGGAAAGGAUGAAAAGGAUUAAACAGCAGGUUGCUUCUUAGAUUGGUAGGUCAAGGUAGUUAUUGGAAAUGGAAUUUCAUUGUAUGAAUUAUUCAUUUGUUUAGUGAAAAGAUGAAUGGCACGAUAAAUGUCAUUUACUAAAA